AUGUUUGGAAAGGACGUUCAAAGGCAUAAGCAGGUCUUUAACAUGGAGGAGCUGACUGAAAGCUCUGAUGAGGGCGAGUUGGGGUUUGAGGAGGCACCGGCAGGCGAAAGGGGAGAUCAACUAGACGAGUUCCUAGAGGAAAAUUACGAAGAGGUGGAGGAUGAAUAUGAGGAUAUUGAGGUCCCACUAAACCCUCCCGGAACUCUUGACCCCGCUCAGAUUGGUCUUCCCCCGGCUCCUAUUUUCAAUCACUUUGAACAUCUCGCUCCAGCACAUCAACGACAGAUCCAUUUGCCGAUUGCAUUUAGAACAGCGGGUAUAGCAAGAGAAGGUGGUGAUGGCGUGUUAUUAAGAGAAGAGGAUGCAGAUGUCUCUCCAAAUGGAGUGCUAUUUACAGGGAGAAGUUCACAACUGGACCGGAACCAAAUUGUAGAGCACGGUCCAGGAGUCCAAGGUGUUUGCUGGGACACACCCGGUCGUUUUUUCAAGUUAUUCUUUACCGAAGAGACUUUCAAACAACUAGCAGACAAUACAAAUGCGUAUGCCAAUAGUAAAAGGGCUGGACAUCAUAACGGUUCUGGGAGACAAUGGAAAACCGUUGAGACAGCAGAAUUGAAGAUUUUUAUCGCAAUGGGCGCAAAAGAUGGAACCGCUUAG